AACCAAGCCCAAACCCAAACCCAACCCUCGCAGCCUCCCACCCACACGAGCGAGAGAGAUGAGCACCGGCGGCGCGGACAAGUCCGGCAGCGGCGGCGGAGCAGCGCCGGUGAAGACGCCCUCGGACUUCCUCAAGUCCAUCAGGGGCCGCCCCGUCGUCGUCAAGCUCAACUCCGGCGUCGACUACAGAGGUAUUCUGGCUUGUCUGGAUGGUUAUAUGAACAUUGCGAUGGAGCAAACUGAAGAGUAUGUCAACGGUCAGCUGAAGAACAAAUACGGUGAUGCCUUCAUCAGAGGCAACAACGUUCUAUACAUCAGCACCUCGAAGCGGCCCCCCACUGAUGGAGCAUAAACCAAGUGGAGCCUUCCCCUCAUGUAAUUCUCAAGAUGGUUAGCCGAUUGGUUGUGGUGAUCGCUGACUCGUGCCACCUUUUCAAUCUCGUACCUGCUGUCUGUUGUGUUGCGGACUGACAGAGGUUUAUCUGGAACCAUUCCGAUGUAACUGGGAAUUUUUAGCCUUAAAAUGCUUUUGUGGCUGAGAUUCGGCGUUCAGGAUAUAGAUAAGAUUUGUGUUUCA